AUGAGCAUAUCACCGCACCAUCGUGCCAUCAGUCCGCCAACACCCGCUCCGUCUCCUCAGCCUGAUCUUCACACCUCGAUCCGCUUAGCCAACAAUGCUGCUUCUGCUGCUGCUGGUGGUGGUGGUGGUGGUGGUGGUGGUGGUGGAACCCCUUCCGCACCGCACCCUUUGAUCGUCGACCCCAAUGAUCCAUCGCAGCUCCUCAAACAUCUCUCGCUCGUGCUGCCCCAGUAUAGCCAGUCGGCCCGCUUCGAGCUCGUCUCGGAGCUCGCUGACCUGUUCAGCGUUCGAGAGCUAGCUCACUUGUCUUCGGUCAUCACUCCUAGGCUCAAGGUCGACUUCCUCUCUGCUCUUCCCAUCGAAGUCAGUCUCAGCAUUCUCAGUUUCAUCGAUGAUCCCAAGACACUGGCGCGUGCAAGCUGCGUCAGCCGUUUCUGGAGGAGUCUCGUCAACGACGAGCACACUUGGAAGGUCAUGUGUCUCAAACACAAGUAUCGCAGACGUGGCAGCAGCAACGCCACCAUUCAUCCGCUCGACCACCGUCUAGCAAGGUCCAUUUCCACCCUUGCAACUCCACGCAUCCGCCCAUCAUCCUCCAACUCCAGCUCGCUUGGCGUCUUGCUUCAGCAGCCUCUCCGACCUAUCGCUUCCAGUCAAGAUGCAGACGCAGACGCCGAUGCAGAUGCAGAUGCCGAUGCCGAUGUCGAUGCCGAUGCCGAUGUCGAUACCGAUGCCGCUCUUGUUGAACAAUACAUUGACCAAGACGAUGCUGCUGUGCUUGCCUCUCUCUAUCAACGAUAUCGAGACCGCGGCCUUGACCCUUCCAACGCACUGCAUGAGCUACGCACCCUCCACGACCUCUAUCUCACCAAGCGCCAAGGUGCCCACGGCAAUCUCAACCAGUCCAUGUCCGAGGCUGAUCUCGCUUUCUACGCACAGCUCGAGGAGAUCGUCGAAGAAGAAAGUCGCGCUCGCUAUGGUGAUGAAGCUGCUUCUGUCGACGAGGAAGCGCUCGACAUUCUUGCAUCUCCUACUGCAUCCAGUCGCCCACUCGCAACAACAUCUCACCAAUCUUCUCCUGCCGCCUCCAACCUCGGCUGGUUGAGCGCUGGACCUUGCACUGCCACUGCCUCUGCUACUGCCUCUGCUACUGCCUCUGCUACCACCGCUGCUACACCCUCCCAGCCAACUCGAAUGCAGGUUCCCACUUUGCCAUCUGCACCUGCACCUGCACCUGCACCUGCACCUGCACCUGCAUCAAUCAACCUUGGACAUGCUGUCAGUGCACCUUUUCGAACUGCUACAGGUCGACUUGACCGUUUGCAGGGCUGGCAGCAAUCAACGCCGUCUGCUGCCAUCGCCGCCUUCGCCACGCCUCGCAUUCAGGACGCAGAGACAAGCGUGCAAGUCAACGAUCCCGACGAGGCCAUGGACAUGGAUGAUGGACACCACCUCGCUUCUACCCUUGCAUCCUCCUCUGCUGGCCCAGCAGGCACAGGCCCCAUCGGACAGCCACCCAACGCACCUCUACUAGCCUCUUUGCCGCGUCACCACUCGCCCACCGGUCGCUUCUCGGCAUCCGUAACAUCACCAUCUACAGGCACGCAUGCUGCAACCAGGCGCAGUGCAGGCAGCUCCGCCUUAGUCCCAGGUCCUCGCGACUCUCGCCAAAGUCAGACCGACCGCAGCCCAAGUGGCACUCUUCGCACACGGUCUGCCUCGAUCGACGAGCAUGACUCUGCCAACACUGGCGCACCCGCAACCGGCUUGAACCUUUUCGACUCCUCCGCACCCUCUCCUUGUCCUGUGCAGGAGCGAUCGUCACAAGCUGGGCCUUCUCGACACUCGACCGUUUCCCCUUCUGCCGUUCACGCUCACCGUCAUCGCUCAGCAAAGGUGCCAUUCAGCUACCGCACUCACUUCAAGAUGGCCUACCUCACCGAAUCCAACUGGCGCAAGGGCGGUCGUCUUCAGACUCAGCACGUCUCUGCCGAUGCAGGCCACGUCGUCACAAGUUUGGCUAUCGACAGCGAAUGGAUCGUCGUAGGCAUGGCCAACUCCAAGAUUCACGUUUUCAGCGCAGAGACCGGUCUCUACGCACAUACCCUACUCGGACACGACGCCGGAGUGUGGUGCUUGACCCUCAUCAGCAAAAGUAACAGCAGCAAGCAUGGUCAAGCAUCGACAUCUCAGCGAGGCAAGGGCAAGAUGGUCAUCACAGAUCCUGAGGAUGGCAGCGGCGGCAAACCAUACCAAGCCACCGCCGACGGCGACCUUCGACUUGUUCACCACGACCCGCGUCCCGAUGCUGCUGACGCGCUCUUGUCUCGACUACCUUCCUCGAUGGAAGUGCCCGAAGAAGCAGACGUCUUUGGUGGCCGCAGGUUGCCAUGCUCCACUGCCAGUACGCCGUCGGGAAAAGCACGCCAAAGAUCGUAUGGGCAUGGCGAGACGCUCGAAUGGUUCCACAAGGCUAGGCGUGCUCUUCGACGUCAGCAGAGUGCAAGAAGAGCGGCGGCUGCAGCACGAGAUGCAGCAGACGGAUCACGUAGUCGACCGCUUGUCUUGGAUGACAACGCCUCGGGUGCAGGUGACUCUGAUGCAGACCUCUCGAUUGGUUGGGAAGGUGCAUCAGAUGUGCAUCGCGAGCUGCGAUCCUCCACUCGUGCACGCACUGAGCGCGAUCAGCUAGAUCGCCAAGCCGCCAAGGCCAUUGCAGAAGCCGAGGCCGGGGCGAUUCGAGAUGCAGUCAUGGCAGACGGAACAGGCCAAGUGCCUGCUCAGCUCGCAGAACGUAUCCGUCGAGACGGCGAGUUGGCGGCAGCAGGCGCGGCCGCAACUGAGAGUAGAGCCAACCGAAGGCGUGCUGCCUCCUCCUCCUCCUCUUCCUCCUCCUCCUUCUCCUCCUCCUCCGCCUCUUACUCCUCCUCCUCCGGUCCUCCUCAUGCAUCAGCCGUUGGUGCACAGCUGGCAGGCAAUGCAUUGGGCAUGGGCAACCCUUGCGGAAGUGUUGUUGGAUACGGCAACAAAGAUGCUAUCGUUGUUAGCGGUGGAUGUGAUCGUGAUGUACGCGUCUGGGAUCUGCGCACCGGUCAAUGCAAACAUGUCUUGCACGGUCAUACUUCGACAAGACAGGAGAGCAUGUCCACCUCUUAG